AUGACUGAGACGGAAGCCGCCGAUGCACCAGCCACCGUAACCAUAGCUGGCCUAAACUGCCAGCUUGUUACUUUCCCUGUAGACUCCGAAGCUUUGCGUGAUGGCUACUAUCAGUCGCAAGUCAAGGAAGGCGACGAGGGAGGCGUUGAGGCAGGCAGCGUGGAGGGCGAUGCAGAAAGCGACGAGGAGGACAAUUCGGAAGUUCCCGAUGCUCAUCAUGCCGCCAUCAACCGAAAACUUGAAUCCGAGCUAGAGGACCUGCGUAACACCUUGGCCGUCAUGCAGUACAACUUAACGACGCAGCAGCAGAUUGAGUUGGAGAGGGAUGAGCUGCGUCGAGAGGUUGCUGCGCUUCGGGAUGAGAUUCUGGCUUUCCGAUCCGGUGCGCACGCAAUGGAUGGACCGGAUGACGUGGACGACCCCCGAAUCAACAUGGACAAGCUGCCGAAGGUGGAUGGGAAAAUCCACGUUCCCACCAGCUUGUCCGACAACGACGCGUUCAUGGUGAGUUGA